AUGGCUGUGCCCAUCGAAGAUACUUUUGAUUAUAUUGUCUGCGGAGGAGGAACUUCGGGGUGUGUAGUUGCCGGUCGUCUCGCCGAGAAUCCUAAGGCCAAGAUUCUACUCCUCGAAGCCGGACAACACAAUAAAGACCUGGAAAAUGUUCAUAUGACUGGCGGAUGGGCAAAUAACUUCGAUGCCGAUACCGAUUGGAACCUUGUGACCCCUCCCAUGAAAGGAGUCGACAACCGCCAGGUGAAGCUGAGUCGCGGCCGCUUCCUCGGAGGAUCCAGUGGAUGUAAUGGUACGCUUUGCAUUCGUGGCAGCAAGCAGGACUAUGAUGACUGGGGACUCGAAGGCUGGGGCGGCGAGGAGUUCUUCAAGUACAUGCGAAAGUCGGAGACCUUUCAUCCGAAGGCAUGGUUCAAGGCUGAUAAAGAGAGUCAUGGGCGCUCCGGGCCACUUCACAUAGAGCCGCAUGAUCUGGCCCCCAUCUCGAAGCUCUUGAUGAACUCUUAUGUCUCCCAAGGCAUGCCUUUGCACCAUGACAUGUUCAGCACUGGCGAUGUUGCACAUGGGUGUGGCCAUGUACCUCGCACAGUGUACCAAGGUCUUCGGACAACGGGAGCGGAUUUCGUUACCAACAAGAAUCACCGUCACAAUAUCACCAUCAAGACCGAUACCACAGUCGACAAAAUCAUAUUCAGCAAGCGGGGAACUGAGACUCGUGCUUCUGGUGUGGCCACAAGAACCGCAGAUGGCGAAUCUAAGAUCUACUAUGCCCGGAAAGAGAUUAUCAUCUCCGGAGGUGCCUAUUGCAGCCCCGCAAUCCUCCUUCGAUCUGGCAUCGGUCCCAAGGCAGAGCUGGAACAGCACAACAUUCCUUGCACCGUGGAUCUACCAGGCGUAGGCAAGAACCUAAUGGACCACUUGAUCGUAUUCAUGUUCUACGAGACCGAAAAGAAAGGCCUAACAGCCGACCACUAUGUCCACCACGCCAACAACUUCGAGAAAACAUACGCUGAAUGGAAAGACAAGAAAACAGGCUUCCUAUCCACCUUCCCAUUCGGCAGUUUCGCCUUCGCCCGACUAGACGAGCGCCUGAAAGACGAACCUCUCUGGCAAAACGCCUCCCGCCAACCCGGUCGUGAUCCCAUGGGCCUAACACCGCAGCAGCCGAACAUCGAACUUUUCAGCACAGAGUGCUACGGUGGACCAAAGCAAUACGACCAGCCCCCGAUUGACAAUCAGUACGCGUUCUCAAUAAUUGCAGAGCUAUUUGCGCCGAAGUCCCGCGGCACGGUGGUACUCAAAUCAGCGGAUCCGUUGGAGAACCCAGUCAUUGAUUGUAACUAUUUGGCCGACCCGCUUGAUGUGUUGGUUUUGAGCGAGGCUUGUAGGUUUGCGAAUGAGAUUGUUAUGCAGGGUUCUGGGACGAAGGAUAUUGUUAAGGGGUCUUGGCCGCCGAAUCUGAAUCAUCAUACUUAUAAGUCGAGGGAGGAGUGGGUUCCGUAUGUGAAGGAGCAUGCGACGACUUGCUACCAUGCGGCAGGCACCUGUGCCAUGGGUAAUGAUGAUGACCAGAUGGCUGUGCUUAAUGAGAAAUUACAGGUAAGGGGCGUGUCUGGGCUGCGAGUUGCUGAUUGCAGUGUCAUGCCUACCUUGCAUGGAGGACAUACCCAGAUGCCAGCCUAUGGCAUUGGAGAGAAGUGUGCGGAUUUGAUCAAGGAGACGUGGCGGAUGGCGGGCAAUAUAUCUUCUCGGAUUUGA